GUAAUGCAUUACAACAGCUGGCGCCCUCUCAGCACAUCUUCCCACUGAGUGGCCACUCUGCUGCUGUUGCUGCAGCAGCUGCAUCAUCCUCUUAAACACCACAAACACAGCCAGCGACUCUUUGAAAGGCUUGUUUGGAUGCUGCAUGGAUGCUCCUUUCUCUCGCUACCCCAGGGAGUAGCAGAAGUCUGCCAGAUCUGGAGGAUGAGACAGUACAGGUACGCAGGCCUAUGUGCAUGGACGUGUGUGGGUCAGCAGUGAUGAGUGACCAGGCACCGGUCCGUGAUCCUUCACCCCCGUGCCAGAGACCGGGUCCGCAGACGGCCCUGCACCGAGCGGCCAUGGUGGGGAACAGCAACGCCACGGCUGCUCUGAUCCAAGGCGGCUGCGCUGUGGACCUGCAGGACAGAGAGGGCAACACAGCGCUGCAUGAGGCGUCCUGGCACGGCUUCUCUCACUGUGUCAAACUGCUGGUCAAGUCAGGAGCUGAUGUGCACAUCAGGAACAAGACAGGAAACACAGCUCUCCACCUGGCCUGUCAGAACGCACAUGCUCCGACCGCUCGCCUUCUGCUGCUCGGAGGAUCCGCACCAGACACCAAGAACAAUAGGGGCGACACCUGUUUGCACACGGCUGCUCGAUACAACAACCUGACCCUGGUGAAGAUCCUGCUGGGGUCCCUGUGCUCUGUGAAAGAGAGAAACCGGGCCGGGGACACCGCCCUCCACGUGGCCGCGGCCCUGAACCACAAGAAGACAGUUCAGCUCUUGCUGGAGGCGGGGACUGAUGGGAAAAUCAGAAACAAAGCAGGUAAGACCGCCCUGGAUAUGGCCAGAGACAACAACUACAAAGACAUGGCACAUCUCCUGGCCAGAGCUCCUCAGGUACAUCGCUUCAUGCGAGGAACAACAAUCAGGAAACAAAGAGAGAGAGUGACAGCUGAGCGCAGGACCCAGUCCGACCCUCGAGUAGAAAUACUACCAAACAAAGUAAGUAGGAUAAUACCAGAAACAGCUUUUAUUUAUAGCAGUGGUUCCCAACCUGCAUUCCUUGAAGCCCCUCUACUUGGAUCUAAAAAAAGUAGUCCUCCAUGGUCUGUUACCUGGUUUUGUCUCAUCUUGGAGGACUCCCCCAGCAGUGGACAAACGGAGAGCAGGACAGCCUUUCAGGUGGAUCCUCACCAGCAGAAGCAGCAGCAUCACCACAAAAGCCCAGCCGCCAUCAGAAGCCACCAGAAGAGGAGGAGAGGCAAGGAACCGGCUUCAAAUCAAAAUGAUUUGAGAAAAGUGAAGAAAGACAUCCAGGUUAAGAAGAAUCUGCUCUGGGACGAUGGUGAAGACACGGCUCAGAAAGACAAAUUCUAUCAGCUUUACACACUGUACCGUGACAAGGAUGGCAACAUUAUACAGGCCCCGGCCGAUGGAUGCCACUGCCGGCCCUUGCUCCAGAAGCUGGAGGGCCAGCUGAGAGCCACGCAGGAGGAGAUGAGGCUGCACGUCCUCAACGUGCAGGAGCAGGUCAACAGUAAACUGGGCCAAAUGGACCACAAGACCAGACACCAGAUUAAAGUGUUGGACACGCUAAACCAGGAAAGAGCCGCAGCAGAGAGGAAGAACAUGGUUUGGGAGAUCGAGCAGAGAGCCGCCCAGCGAAGACAGGAAGCCGUGGUGACACAGCAGGCGGCAGUCAGUCAUGAACUGAAGAGGUGGUGUCUGUCCCAGCUGAAGGACAUGGACGUCCACCUCCCAGCCAAAGCUCAGUAUUACAAACUCCUCCCCUCCCAGUCGGUGGAGCAGUCGGUAGCAGACGCCGACCCGGAGUCGCUGCCCCUGCUGUCGGGGGUGUCUGGAGACAGCAGCACUUCACUGGCUACCUGCGUCAAAACCCUGCCGUCUAACUCCACCUUCAGUCUGGGAGGCCCGGAGACGGAGCGGAUGGGGAGGAGGACAUACUUUGAAAUGAAAAUGGACAGGUCCCCAGACUACGAGAACACAUCCGUGUUUGCUGCCAGCCCCCCCUCAGGCCUGCUGCUGGCCUCUGUCGACCCCCCAUGGCAGCCUGCGGGGGUGCAGGACAGUCCCUCAUCAGCAGUGAUGGCUCUGUGUGGGGAGGGCCUCUCCUCCACCACCAGCACCACCAGCACCACCACCAGCAGCAGCAGCACCAGCACCAGCCAGUCCCCCAUCAGCGCCCAGGGACCCAGACUGACCCAGCAUCAGGAACCAGCCAGGAACCACUUCGGAGAGCUGAUGAGUGCAUGCAGGCAUGCAGGGCUCCACAGCGAGGGAUCCAGGACGCUGGAGUUCUUCAUCAACCGCCCUGCUGAGCCCACGUUCAGCCAGCAGAGGAACAACCAGCACGCCGUGGAGGUGACUCAGCGGUUCUUCGAGACGGUGUCGACUCAGCUGGAGCGCUGGUACGAGAGGAAGAUAGCCGAGUUGGAGCGGCAGACGGCGCUCAGAACCCAACGGGACCGGGACGAGCUGCUGCAGCAAAUAGGCACGCUGGAGGCGGAGCUCCAGAGGCUGAGGACCAAUGAGAACGCAGACAGCUGAAUCGUCCUGACAGUGACUGAACGCUGGAGAUACGGACACAGAAAGGAUGAACUUCUUCACUUUGAUUUUACAUUUAAAAACUCAGCUGAGUGUGCUAUAUAUAUAUAUAUAUA